GUCUCUCUUUAUAAUCUCUCUCUCUCUCUCUCUCUCUCUCUCUCUCUCUAUUAUAUAAUUUAUUUAUUUAAACACAGACAGCUGAAUAUAGUGGAAACAAAAUCAGCUAUCAAAAAAAGUACUUUUGCAAAAGCUCUAAUAAGUCAAGUAAAUAAGCUAAUUUAAGGAAAGUCACAAUAAUGGGGAUCGUCAGAUUCGAGGACACCCAGAAAGCGGAGCUCGAGGAGUUCCGGCGGAUGCUGCUAUCUUGCGCCGCGGUGCACCGGCGGAAGGACGACGACGGGAUCCGUGGCGGCGGGGAGAAUGCGCUUCCCAGCGGAAACGGCGACGUAUUGGACAGACUUGUUUGUGUCACCAGCGGCGUAUCUUACCUCGGAAUUGCUAUCGUGAACCAGCUCCUGGUCAACGGCUACUCCGUCCGAAUCAUCGUUGACAACCAAGAAGACGUAGAAAAGCUGAGAGAAAUGGAAAUAUCUGGUGAAAUGAGAUUAAGCAACAGCAUUGUAGAAAUAGUAAUGGCUAAACUCACUCAAGUUGAUAGCCUAACUCAAGCAUUUGAUGGCUGCCGUUGCGUUUUUCACACCGCCGCGUUCGUCGAUCCAGCCGGACUCUCCGGUUAUUCCAAAGCAAUGGCAAAUAUUGAAGUGAACGCAAGCAAAAACGUCGUAAAGGCAUGUGGAGUUUCACCUUCCGUUAGACACUGUGUGCUCACCUCCUCUCUCUUGACAUGUAUUUGGCAAGAUAACUCUCUCGAUCAAGUUUCUCGUUUAAUUGACCACAAAAGCUGGAGUGAUGAAUCUGUCUGCAUAAAUAAAAAGCUUUGGUAUGCGUUGGGAAAGCUAAGAGCAGAAAAGGCGGCAUGGGAAAUAGCCAAAGAAAGCGGAUUAAAUUUAUCGACAAUUUGUCCGGGGCUUAUUACGGGCUCGGAGUUCUUCCUUAAAAGCCCAACAUCUACAAUCGCUUACCUUAAAGGGGUGCAAGAAAUGUACGUAAACGGAAUAUUGGCAACCGUGGACAUAAACAGAUUAGCAAAGGCCCAUGUUAUUGUCUUUGAGGAGAUGAAGAAGGCAUCUUCCGGAAGGUACAUUUGCUUCGACCGAGUGAUAGAGAGACAAGACGAGAUCGAAAAGCUGGCCCGUGAUACUUCCAUAAGUGUGAGCUCUAUUAUUGCCGGUGGCGGCGGCUCCUCCUCGUCUGGUAAUAAUAGAUCUCGAUUUGAGUUGUCGAAUACGAAGCUUGCUCGAUUAAUGUUGAGAAAUCGAAGGUGUUAUAACGAGUGAUGUAUUGGAAAAUCGAAAUUUUGUCUUGCUUGUAUGAAGAGAAGAAGAAUUUUAGGAUUUUGAUUUAUUAUUAUUUUUUGUGUACAAGUCUAGUCUUAGAUUUUGGUGUAUAGUAUAUUGUGAAUGUGAGAGUAUUGGGCAUUGGAAUUAGUACGAGUAAGAUGUUUGGUUGAUUAGAUUCGUGUUUAGUCAAACGCGCUACUAAAAGCCUUCAAAUAAAUGUUGUUAUUUGGUUA